AUGAAGAUAACCAGAGAAAAAAGCAAAUUCCAAGAAACCCAUUUUCCGAAAGUACCUUCAAACUCUUCACUAAAAUCAGAUCUUUCUUUCAAGCCCACUAUACCACGCAAACCGCCUCAUCGGAAAACUAAGACUACAGGGAUCGGAGUUCGGUUGAAGAGGGAAACCGGGGCUCCAUCUGGGAAACGGAGCAGCCGACCCGAGACCCCUUUACUCAGAUGGAAGUUUGAUGAUAAAAAUGACAACAAUGCUUCUAUUAAGAAGGAGAAAUCGUCAGUUGAAGUUGGCCGGAAGAGUAGCCGAAGAAUUAGAAAUAUGGUUUCAGCGAGGAAGCUCGGCGGCGCACUCUGGCGGAUACCCUCAUCGGAGUUUCUGAAUAAGGGUGGCCAAAGUUUAGGAUUUCAGUUUGGAAAUGCUCAUGUUGGAGACUCGAUUCACGGUGAUCAUGUUACCGAAGUGCAUAGUUCUUAUGCGAAGGACCUGGUACAUAGUCCACAUUCUGUCUCUGGUCGAAAGAACGGGCUUCUACACAAGUUUGAGCCCUCGUUUCAAGUUUUUAACUCGAUGGAGGGGGCAACAAAGUGGGAUCCUGUUGGCUGGAAAACAUCAGAUGCAUUAAAGCAAGCAUUUGGCAGAUCCGUACUCAACCAACGAACAAAUGCUGCUCCAGUGAUAUCUGCCCUUGAGGUAGAACUUGAGCAGGCUCGAUCCAGAAUUAAUGAACUUGAGACUGAGCGUCGCUCUUCGAAAAAGAAACUAGAGCAAUUCUUGCAGAAACUCAGCGAGGAAAGGACCGCGUGGAGGAGCAGAGAGCAUGAGAAAAUCCGUUCAGUUAUCAAUGACAUUAAAGCUGACUUGAUCAGAGAAAAGAAAAAUCGUCAGAGACUGGAGAUGGUCAAUUCUAAGCUCGUUAAUGAGUUGAAUGAUGUCAAACUAUCUGCAAAGCGCUAUAUGCAGGAUUAUGAAAAGGAAAGGAAGUCCAGAGAGUUGAUCGAGGAAGUCUGUGAUGAACUAGCUAGAGAACUUGGAGAAGAUAAGGCUGACACAGAAGCAUUAAAGAGAGAAUCAAUGAAACUCCAGGAGGAAGUCGAAGAAGAUAGGAAGAUGUUGCAGAUGGCUGAGGUUUGGCGCGAGGAACGGGUCCAAAUGAAGCUUGUUGAUGCGAAGGCAAUGCUUGAAGAAAAGUAUUCUCAGAUGAGCAGGCUAAUGGUUGAUCUCGAGGAUUUUCUGAAUUCUAGAAGUGCAUCUUCACAUGUGGACGAGAUGAAGAAGGCCGAGUUUCUUCUACAGGCAGCUGCAUCUGUCGAUAUACAGGACAUCAGGGAGUUAAAAUAUGAACCCCCGAAUCCUGACGAUAUUUUCUCGGCUUUCGAAGACGUUAAUUUUGGUGCACUCAUCGAGAAGGAGGCUGAUCCACGUGUUUCAUACAGUCAUGGCAGUCAUGCGUCUGAAAUUCACACCAUGAGCCCUGAAGUGAAUGUGUUCAAUAAAGACGAUGCUUGGAGACAUUCUAAUGCAUAUUUUGACCAGAGUGGCGAGAUAGAAGAUGACACGAGCGAGUGGGAAACCGUGAGCCAUCUUGAUGAUCAAGGAUCAAGUUAUUCACCUGACAGAAGUGAUCCUCGUGUUGACAAAAAUGACCAGACGCCAGUCACAGAUGUUAGUGAAGUCUGCUCUGUGCCAACACGGCAUAGGAAGAAGGUGUCGUCCAUAUCUAGGCUUUGGAGAUCAUACCCGAGCAAUGGUGAUAAUCACAAGAUCAUUUCAAUUGAGGGAAUAAAUGGGCUUUCGGAUCACGGUUCAGCCAAAGGACUUAGUCCUCAAGAUUCAGUUGGACAAUUGAGCUCACCUGACUUGGGGAAUCCAAACAUUACUCAGGGAAUGAAAGGGUGCAUUGAAUGGCCGCGGUAUGCACAAAAGAAUAGUUUGAAAGCCAAACUUUUAGCAGCAAGGAUGGAAAGUCAGAAGAUCCAGUUGCGCCAUGUUCUAAAGCAAAAAUAUUAG